CAGAUGAACUGCAAACCGCUACAGGAAGUACAGAAACCAGUUGCACCACUUCAGAAUGGAGUACAGACCACCCCUGCGCAAGAAGAGGCAUCUGAAAGCCUCUCAGGCGCGCCCAUUCAGCUUCCCAUGCAAAUUAGCUCUCCUCCGCCUCCCUUUCAGCCAAGUCCUGCGCAAAAGGAAGCUUCUGAAUCCAGUUCUGCGCCAUCUCCUUUGCAGUCAAGUCUUGCACAGAAGGAGACUUCUGAAACCACCUCUGCGCAGACACCUUUGCAACAUCUCUCAGAAUCUGAAGAAUAUAAGAAUGACCACCUUGAACAAAUCUUCCUUGCCCAAUCUGAUGAGCCAUGGUACGCAGACAUGGUAAACUACUUAGCCACAGAUCAUGUGCUAGGUGUCAACAAACUGGAAAUCUGAGCAAAAGAAAUCAAAUGCCACAGAA